AUGAGCAGUCGAACUACGAAUAGCUCAAGGCUUGAUGAGUCAAUCCGUUCAAGUCAAAAGGAAACACAGAACUAUUGGGGAUUUGCAAAUUUCCCGAAUCAAGUUUUCCGUCGAGCAGUCAAAAAUGGAUUCGAUUUCACUUUGAUGGUCGUUGGACGAAGUGGUCUUGGAAAAUCAACAUUUAUCAACACUUUAUUCCUUGCUGAAAUCAACAAUCUGAGUGAGCAAGACUUGAUUUCCACAGAAGCCCAUCCUUCAACUGUUCGUGUUGAAGAGAAACUGGUGAAAUUAGUGGAAAACAGUGUGACACUUCAAUUGACACUUGUCGAUACACCAGGUUUCGGAGAUGCUGUGAAUAAUUCGAAGUGCUGGGAGCCGAUAGUCAACUACGUGGAAAGCAAGUUCUUCGAGCAAUUCUGCGAGGAAACCCGAAUCGAUCGUCAAGAAAAAAUUGUUGACAAAUGUGUCCAUCUUUGUCUUUACUUCAUCGAACCGUCUGGUCAUGGACUCAAAGCUAUCGACAUAGAAUUGAUGAAACAUAUCCAUGGUCGUGUUAACAUAGUCCCAGUUAUCGCUAAAGCUGAUUGUCUGACUCGCGAAGAGCUUCGUCGUUUCAAGGAACAAAUCGUGAAAGAUGCUGAGGCAGCCGAAAUCAAACUCUAUAAGUUCCCAGAGCUGGAAGAUCCAACGGCCGACAAGGCAACCGCUGAUAAAUUGCGAAAGAUCCUUCCAUUCGCGAUUAUUGGAUCGAACUCGCUGAAAGAACAACAUGGACGUCGAAUUCGGUACAGAGAAUACCCAUGGGGAACUGUGGAAGUGGAGAAUAUGGAGCAUAAUGAUUUUUUGACACUUCGUGAUAUGAUUAUUCGAACCAAUUUGAUUGAUAUGAUUGAUGUUACUCGCAAUGUGCAUUAUGAGAACUUCCGAUUCCGUCAAAUGGAAGGUCUCCCGAAAAACGAAAAGAAUCGUGAUCCUUUCACCCAUUUCGAAGAAGAAAGACGACAAAAAGAGCGAGACUUGACUGACAAACGAGCGAUGCUCGAGAAGGUAUUCAACGAGAAAACCACGGCUCGAACCCACAGAAAUAAUGAGAGAAUGUCGGCUCUGGAAGAAGCGGAACAACAACACAAAUUGAAAAUGGAGGCGAAACGCGCUGAAAUUCAUCGUCUCCGUCAUGAGAUUGCUGAUCUUCGCAGCGGGAAUCUGUCCUCAUCUCAGACGUCGUUGUCGAUGUACAACGAAAACAAUCAAUCCCAGAAUUCGACGAUGAAUUCUACAGCCAAAUCAAGUCCACCACACAAUGGCUCGUCAUCAACUUCCGGAACAAUGAAAAAAAGAAUCGGCGGACUGGGAAUCUUCAAUCGCAACUGA